GCCGGAACUCGGGUCGGCUGCCGAGGUUAAAGGUCAUGGGGUUGUGGGGUUAGAGGUCGUGGCCGUGAUGAUGGCGGAUAAGGAGAAGAAAAAGAAGGAGAGUAUUCUCGACCUCUCCAAGUACAUAGACAAAACAAUCCGUGUGAAAUUUCAAGGUGGACGAGAAGCUAGUGGGAUUCUGAAAGGAUUUGACCCACUCCUCAAUCUUGUAUUGGAUGGAACAAUAGAGUAUGUGAGAGAUCCAGAUGACCAAUACAAAUUGACUGAAGACACACGACAGCUUGGCUUGGUUGUAUGCAGAGGAACAUCAGUUGUUCUGAUUUGCCCACAGGAUGGGAUGGAGGCAAUUCCAAACCCUUUCAUACAACAACAGGAUGGUUAAUUUGAAAUGUAUCAUCGCCAUAUCUCAGGAUUUCAACUUAGUUGGUUUUAUCCAAAUGGGGACUUAUAAUAUCACCAGCAGCACUGGAGGAUAUUUGCAUCUUGUUAGAUGGCAAGCAUGUACUUGCACUCUUUUUUUAAUCUUUGUGCAGAUCAGUCAUGAACUUUAUUGCCAUCUAUGCAACUAUUCUGUAGUGCAGUACUACCUGUACUGCACAAGUGUAUUGCCAGCCGCACAUGCACUUAAUUGCAAACAGUAUGUAACACAGUAGAAUAAGAUCCUAGGAAUUGAGCGGUACCAGUAAACUGACUGCUUGAAUCAUUCUAUUGGAAGCAGUAAUUUCACUCAAACUCCAGCUGAAUUUCCCCAGCAGUGCGCUCUAGUGAUGGGUUUUUUAAACCAGCUGACUUGGAAACCUGCAUUUUUAUACUCAAAUUUGUUUAUUUAAAAUUUUGUUAAAUUGAGCAUGUUUCUGGAGUAUUAUUUUCUGUAGUAACUUUUUUUUCCCUGUUUUAAAUGAAAUUCAGUGAACAGUUAUUCAUUUUGAUUUGUGAUUAACAUUGCAUAGGUUAGGUUGGAGUCUUGCAUAGAAAUUGGUUUAAUAGAAGUCCCUUCAGAAACUGGUUUAGUUUCCUUAUUUACUCUUUGAAGCUGGAUGUGGAUGACAAACAUUGUCUUUCUUGUACAAUAAACUUUUUUCCAGUACUUUA